GGGCGCAGGGCAUCUCAGGUCCGACCUGGCCGUGUUUCAGUGUUGCAGGUCCCGUUUCUGUUGCUGUGUCCUGGUUAUGCUGUUUACGAUGGUACCAAUGAAGCCCGCGGGGCUUAGAACGCUAUUGAUGAUCGACUGUAAAGUUCAGCAUGAUUUGCUUGAUAUGGCUGGUGAAGUGCAAAGUGUGCUGUAUGUUAGGGUCGAGUUUAGCUGCCUUUCAGUUUGCUGGUUGGCAUGGGGUGACAGGUCACCUGCGAACACCUUACCAGUUCCAACCGUCUUUUCGACCGUUGCCGUGUCUUAGAUUCCAUUCUUCCUCCUUCCCUGUGGUUCGAUUCCCCUUCAUUCUGUCCCAGUCCCAAGUCCACCUGAAUGAUAAACACAAUUGUGCAACUUUUUUUUUCCACGUUUUUAAAAACUCAUUCACCGCUUGCUAAGCUCUUAAAAGCCCUCUUUGUAACCAUGACGACCAUGACACUCUUAAGAACUCUGUUUGUCAAAGUGUUACGUGAUGUUGGAACCGGCAAGGAUUUAAGGACUGGCUGAUGUCAAAAAAAAAAAAGAUGUGACGAGACUGUACACUUUAAGAAAUGUUUUACGCAACUGGAGUUCGCUUUGGCACCGUUUUCACGGUACAGCCUGGCCACAAACAGCAGGUGUGUGUUUGUGUACCUGAGUUACACUAAUGUUUACACUAGUUUCGUCCAAAUUUGAUGUUAUUGGUUUUAAGGAUACUGAAGACAUGCAGAGCAAUAUAUUCAUUCCCACACCACCAGCCCAGACUGCAGUGUUAUCAGACCACAGGGUUUGUAGUCUGCUCCCCUCACGUGGUGGCAGAACUCUGCAGGCCUUGCACCGUCUCUCCCGCUGCAAAAUGCCAACCUGUGCCUUAGAGUGGCAUCCUGAAACUGCGUGGGGAUCGGGGCUUUUCACUAUAUGCAUGCCUGCAAACCGCCCUAUCAGAUGGACAAUCAGAGGGGCGGGAGAAACAGCGCUGCGGUUUACUGUGGGCGUGUGCAGUCCUGCCUGUUUGCACGGCCCCCCCAUGUCCGGGUGUGAUUCCUUGGAGUCACACCUGUUCUUCACGUCAGCCCUGCGUUGCCUCCUGAAGUCAGCCUCACACCAAUGUUCCUUCCUGCGGCUGCCGCGAUUCCCCACGGAGCAGCGGCUCUGUUCCAUGUCCAGACUCCCCCGUUCGACGGCCUCCCAUGCCUGUUAGCGCAGGUUCUGGCCCGCUGCAGAGAAAUGAAUCGAUGAAUUCCCUCCGCAUCUCCAUGGGGGGUCUACCUGUGCUGUCUUCCAUGACUAACGCCACCGACUCCCGCUUCCGUCUCAAGUGGAGGGCCAUCAUGGCGGUGUCCGUGGUGCUGACGUUAGCCUUCCUGCUGUACAUGCACUGGACACAAGCCGGCACCGGCGCGUUGAAGCACUCCUUCCGUGGCGGCCGUGGCUGGAGGCUGAGCCGCGGCGGGGAGGCCGACAUGCUGUACAACGACACGUACCCGCUGAGCCCGCCGGAGCGGACGGCGCAGGGCACGCGAUACCGAAUCGCGGUCAUCGCCGACCUGGACACGGAAUCUCGCAGCCAGAAGCCCCUGACCUGGUUCAGCUACAUGCGGCAGGGCCACCUACUGGUUUCUGACAGCGGCGACCACUUGGACGUGCAGUGGGAGCCAGAUCAUGUGGUGUUGGAGAGCCAUCUGGCCGAGAAGGGCCGGGGCAUGGAGCUGUCGGAGCUGGUGGUCUUCAACGGGAAGCUGUACAGCGUGGACGACCGCACGGGCGUGGUCUAUCGCAUUGAGGGUGACCGGGUGAUACCGUGGGUCAUCCUGCCCGAUGGCGACGGCUCCGUCUCCAAGGGGUUCAAGGCGGAGUGGAUGGCCGUGAAGGACGAGCACCUCUGCGUGGGCGGCCUGGGGAAGGAGUGGACCACAACCAAGGGGGAGGUGGUCAACGACCACCCCGAGUGGGUGAAGGUGGUGGGCUUCCAGGGCGAUGUCGAGCACCAGAACUGGGUCCCACAGUAUAACGCGCUGCGGAGCGCGGCGGGGAUCGAGCCACCAGGCUACCUAAUCCACGAGUCAGCAGCGUGGAGCGACACGCUGAAGCGCUGGUUCUUCCUGCCGCGCCGCGUCAGCUCCGAGCGCUAUGACGAAGCGGCGGACGAGCGUCGCGGCGCCAACCUGGUGCUCAGCAGCUCGCCCAACUUCCGCGACAUCACCUCCAGCCGCGUGGGCCCCCUGCUGCCCACUCACGGCUUCUCCUCCUUCAAGUUCGUGCCCGGCACCGACGACCAGAUCAUCCUGGCUCUCAAGUCGGAGGAGGAUGCUGGCAAGAUCGCCACAUACAUCACGGCCUUCACACUGGAUGGCCGCAUCCUACUGCCCGAGACCAAGAUUGGCACUGUCAAGUAUGAAGGCCUGGAGUUUGUGUAGGUCGGAACUGGGAACGUUUUCCAGAUGCAAGCGGUUGGGAAGAAUGCAACAGUCCUGGUGACAUCACCUCACUUCUCCUUCCCUUGUGUCAUAAACUAACACCACCAGUAGGGGGCACUGUCGUGCUCAUUUCCGUUUACUGUUUUAUUGUACACUUCAAAGACUCCACUAGUGAAUGUAAGAAAACAGAAAAGUUAUCUAUCUGAUCUUCAGAAGAAGGAGAAAACCGGGCUACACCUUUAUAGGCCUGAAUACAACACCUACUCAUUACAGUGACCAUUACAGUGACCAGCAGGACACUGAUUGAAUAUAGAUGUGAAGUACUGUAAAGACUCAGAGCAUAAUAAUUAAUAUUCCAGUGUUUUCAUUUGGUUUCUUCGUAGUAUUUGAUGUUGGGCUUUAUUUUCUCUUUUUUUAAAAAGGCUAUUUUAAGCAAAUUUUUUAAUCGUAUGAUUUAAUGAAUGUUGUUUUCCGGAGAUCAUGAAUUAGUCUUAAAGCUCGGCGCGUUAAUGUGUCAGUUACUGAAAUAUGGGAGUAUAUGUUGUAUGUACGGCAGUUUUGGGUGUUUUUGAGUAAUUGCAAAUUGAGAAACGGGUGUAUACGUGAUUCACCAAUGAAAUUAUUCUUAAAUGA